AUGUAUUCGAAUGAGAAGAUAAAUUGUUCGAAUUGUUGCAGUGAAUUAUGUCGGAAGAAUCGAAUAGAAAGUCAUAAUUCAAUGGUGCCCUGUACGAUUGGAGAGUUUAGAUGCAUGUAUGGGACUGAUAGUUUAGUUGAAUUAUUUAGUAGAAUUGCUAAUAAUAUAGUACAAGGACAGAGUAAGACUAAUCUAGACGAAAGUGAGGCUAAACAACUUGAAGUUGAUCAAAUUGUGAUGAAGGUUAUGAAAAUCGUUGCAGAGCCUUCAUCAAGUGCUCUUGGAAUAGUUUUCAGCUCACGACUUGAACAUGCACUUCAUAAACUUCAUCUCACACUUAUUGGAUUCGGAACUAAUGAUACAACAGCUUUAGGAUUCGACAAUAAUUCAUGGUCAGAUUUCAAGAGUGGCAAGGAAAUAUCCACCUUCAUCAAGGAUGCAUCCAAAAGUCAACCACAAUCUUUCAUUACCGAGGAUUUCAUCGAGAAGGAAACAACACUUGUGGAUUUGGGACAUAAAAUCUACUCAACAGUUGGAAUUAAUUCAAAUAUCGAAAUGGUUGCAUUGGGAUAUGAUUUCAGUUAUUUUAUCUAUGCAUGUGGAUGUAUUGGAUUGGCAGGAACGUGGUCAGAGAGUUUUGCUCGACUCUUCAAGUAUCAAUGGUCGAGAGAGUUGUCCUCUGUGCAUCCGUCCAUGUUUUGCACUGCAAUGAUAAGUAAGGAUAGAAAAACAUUGUUUUCAUUUGGAUAUAAUUCUAUGGGACAAGCUUCUGGGAAACUAUCAGAUGCUUAUUUAUUUCCAAAAGCUGUUGAUCCACAAUUACACAAUCAUGAAACUAUUCGAUUUGUUUCGGUUGGAUUUGAAGCAAUUUAUCUAGUGACUGAGGAAAACAACAUGUAUGUCUCUGGAGGUAAUCACAAUCACGAGCUGGGUAUUGAGUGGAUUAGGAAGAGUAAAAUCAAUGAUUCCAAUAGAAUUGUGUUGAAUUAUGAAGUUGCUGAGGAAAUUUUGGAAAAAGUUCAGGAACGAAAAAUUAUUCCAACUCUGCAAUUGGUUCCAAAUCUACCAAAACAUGAGAAAAUUAUUCAGGUUGCAGCUGGUGAGAAGCAUUCUUUUGUCUUAACAGAGGCAGGUAAUAUGUACUGCACUGGAUCUAAUCAAGUUGGUCAAUUGGGAUUGGGAAGUUCUGUUUCAGGUUUGGAUAAAUUCGAGAAACAUCCAUUUUCGAAUAUUGAAAAGGUAACACUCAUUCAUUGCUUUCAAAGUUCAACGAUUUGGGUGACUGAGAGUGAUACUGUCUAUGUAUGUGGUGAAAAUUCCAAUUCUGAGCUAGGAAAUCUGUCAUCUAAUGAUAUUCUAAUUGAUGAGGAAAAUCAAAAUUUCAUGGAACCUGUCACUCAUCCAAUAUUAUGUGGAAAGGGAAUUGUAAAAAUUUAUGGAAUUUACAAUUUAUUUGCCAUUACACGAAAUGGUGAAUAUUUAUGUUGGGGAUCUAAUGAGGAAAAUGAACUUGGAUUGGAUGAAAAUACUUUACUAUCUUAUAAUUCUGGAGAAAUUGUUAGAAACUUGGUAUUUGAAAGGUAUUCCAAUUUGGUAAAAACUCGUGGAUAUAAAAUGGUAUUAGCAGCAGGUUUCAAUCAUACCGUUCUAUAUUUCAAGGUAGAUAAUAAGAGAAUUGUUUUCAUGUUCCAACAAUUACAGAAUUUUGUGGAAAACUCACAAACUAUUUCACCAUUUUCAGAUAUUUCAAUUAUUCAUGAAGAAGAUAUUCAUGUUGAUAAUAUCCUGAAAAGAAAAUACAAUGAAGCUAAUAACUCUCAAAUAGAAUCAAAAAAACAAAAAAUAAUCAAGGAAAAAAUUAAUUAA